UCCUCACUCCAUCUCAUCUUCUCCUCCUCCUUCGCUCUUGCAUUUCAUCAAGCAAGGAGGGACCGAACCCAGUAGUCUCCAAUGAAUCUCUUCUAAAUCAUCGUAAUAAAAACAAUAUUUCGGGACUCGGUGUCUCUUGCUUAGCGUGCGUGCGCUCGUGUCUGUAUCUUAUGGUCGGUGUUUCUCCUGUCGCAAUAAACUACGCUAGGACGAAACCCGUCCCAACGAACACCGCCCAAACGUCUCUCUUGCUCGCGGCUUCCGAUAUCCUUCCUGUUUCUUGAGCUGACACUUUUUCAGGGUUCAUUUGAUCUUCGGCGAUACGAAGAUGGGUCGGGACAGAGCUGGUUUCGAGGUCGCCUUCGAUCUGCUUCAGCAAGGCGGUGGCUCCAAGUGCUUCGACGACGACGGCCGUCUCAAACGAACUGGGACCGUGUGGACGGCCAGAGCUGACAUAAUCACAGCUGUGAUUGGGUCGGGAGUGCUGUCGCUGGCAUGGGCCACGGCGCAGCUCGGGUGGAUUGCCGGGCCGGCUGCGAUGGUCCUGUUCUCCUUCGUCGCUUGCUACACGUCUUCCCUCUUGGCCGAUUGUUACCGCUCCGGCGACCCCGUCCUUGGAGAACGAAACAUCACUUACGAAAGUGCUGUCAGGAACAUUCUUGAUUGGAAAAAAGAGAAGUUAUGUAUACUGGCUCAGUACCUGCAGUUUUUAGGGGUUCCCAUCGUGUACACUAUUGCAGCUUCCACGAGCAUAAUGACAAUCAUCGAAUCAGUUUGCUCCCACACAAAAAGUGACAAAAGUGCUUGCAACAUGAUUAGCGAUCGGCGCAUGAUAAUAUUCGGGGCCAUUGAGAUUGUUCUGUCCCAAGUCCCAAAUUUUGACAAGUUGCAGGGGCUCACCAUUGUGAACUUUAUCAUGUCGUUGACUUACUUGAUCAUUGGAAUUGUCCUCAGCAUUAAAAAAGUCAAAGAAAAUCACAAAUUCAAAGGAAGUCUUAUUGGAUCGAGCAUUGGCACUGUCACUGAGACCCAAAAGAUAUGGAACUGCUUCCAGGCUCUGGGUGCCAUUGCUUUUACCUACUCAUACUUCACCAAUCUUAUCGAAAUUCAGGAUACCAUUGGAUCCCCACCCCAAGAGGCCAGGACGAUGAAGAAGGCCAUGUUGGUCAGUGCGGCGGUCAUAACUUUAUUAUACCUACUCUGCGGCUGCAUGGGCUAUGCCGCAUUUGGGGACUCAGCACCGGAGAACCUCCUCGCGGGUUUCGGGUUCUUCAAUGCUUAUUGGCUCGUUGAAAUAGCGAAUCUCGCCAUCGUGAUCCGCCUCGCCUGCGCCUACCAAAUGUUCGCCCAACCUCUCUUCGCCUCCGUGGAGAAAUACGCCGACAGAAAGUUUGGAGGCAGCCGAUUAGUCACCCAGGAGAGCAAAAUCCCGGUCCGGGGUUUCGGAAAGUACACGCUAUUUGGCUUCCGGCUGAUUUGCCGAACAAUUUUCGUGAUUGUAACCACUUUGAUCUCGAUGCUACUUCCGUUCUUCGACGACGUGAUUGGACUUGUCGGUGCUCUGGGGUUCUGGCCUUUGAUGGUUUAUUUCCCGGUCGAGAUGUGCAUCGUCCGAAUGAGGAUCCCCAGGUGGAGCACCAAAUGGAUAUGCCUCCAGAUCCUCAAUGGAGCUUGCCUCAUCAUCAGUAUCGCCGCUGCAGUGGGCUCGAUCGCUGGGGUGGUGCUACAUCUCAAGUCGCGCAAAGUCUUGGGGGGCGCGUAACGAGAAUACGUGCUCCCUUGUCUACUCCUCUGUGAAGAACUACUUUUGCGUUAGCCGAGUCUCGUGUUCCUAUUAAAGAGAGAUAGAGAGAGAGCGCUUUUGAGUUGGAUUUCUUGAACCCGGUCAACAUGGGUCAUUGAAAGAAUUAACAGAAGCCUACUGCACGUUGGAGAUAAGGGCUAAGUUUGAAAAGUCAAUUCUAGAGCUUGAGUUGAACUUUUGACUUGUUUCACUCUUGGGCACAUAUGAAUAUAUACUCUGUUGUUGGGCUACUUGUGGAUACAAAGUUUUGAAGCGCCGAAAGAGUGUUUGAGAAGCAUGGGCUAUCUCCAUGUCAUUUGUGCAACGAAAGUUACAAUAAUAAUAAGCACUUGGGAGGAA